CCGCCCCCUCCCCCAGCCCCCCAGCCCCCUCCGGUCAGCCUCAGGGCGUCGGUGUUCGCAGUCUCUUGAGCGGCGGGCAUCUCAGUGGUUGCACAUCCCCCGUGGACCUCUCACGCACAUCAGCACAAUGGCAGCUGACCUCUCAGGAAAGGACGUUGAACGCGCCCAGUUCGUGUUCUCCAUCUACGACACCGAUGGCGCCGGCUCCGUCGACGCCUGCGACCUGGGUGGCGUCUUCCGCGCCCUCAACCUGAACCCCACCCUGGCCACCAUCGAGAAGCUCGGUGGCACCAAGAAGAAGGGCGAGAAGAAGUUCACCCUGGACGAGUUCCUGCCCAUCUUCAGCCAGUGCAAGAAGGACAAGGACCAGGGCGUCUACGAGGACUUCCUCGAGUGCCUGAAGCUGUACGACAAGGCUGAGAACGGCACCAUGCUCGGCGCUGAGCUGUCCCACACCCUCCUCUCCCUUGGUGAGCGUCUGGACGAGAAGGAGGUCGAAGAGGUCCUCAAGGACUGCCUGGACCCCGAGGACGAGGACGGCUUCAUCCCUUACGUUCCAUUCCUCAAGAGGCUGAUGGGCAAGGAAUAGACCAACAUUCUAUCAAGCACAAUCACCUUCCUCCAGCGGAUGUGCGGCAAGAUCCCGCUCAAAGACGGCACCAGGGCCACUGGUGGCGACUAGGCCCCCCAAGGCUCCGCCACGCACCGCCACCCCGCUCAGGGCCUCGGCCGGCCGCACGCCGACAACAACGCAACUCAAGGACUGUUUUACCAUCUGCAUUAUCGGGAUCCACAU